CACCAACUACAAGGUUCUCAGGGUCUUACCGCUGGAAUCUUAUAAAAUAUCAUCUACAGGGAUGGAAGCACGCCGAAAACGGCAAAAAGUUAGCUCGGCCUGCCAGAGAUGCAGGCAGCGUAAACUUGGGGUAAGGAAUCUCAUUGCGAUCGUCAACGACCGUGUCAGCUAUGUAUCCGAGCAGGCGCCGAAUGCAUUCCACGGCAUGAGUCCGGCUCCGAGCCUGGAUCUGUAACGUCAGGCGAGCCUGUGCCAAUCGGCUCCGAUUUGUCCAAUGGGCCCAGCUCGGCAGAACUACCAGAAUCGAGCAUUGCUGAUCUCAGCUCCCUAAUCAUCGCAGCGAUGAAUCAAGGAGCGGCGCAUGACACAUCUGCCUUGCCUGGGGGGCAUAAAGUUAUUGACGCCGGAGCAGAACGGAGAUCGUGGCGCCAGAUUAUAGGGUUUGAGAUGCCCAAUAAUUCAAGGUUACAUGAGCUAGUGGACAAGUUCUUCGUUUCGGUUGACUGGUUCAUGAUGGUUUUCCAUGAGCCUCUAUUCCGUCAGCGAUAUCAGGCCCUGUUAGAAUCCGACCAAGUAGCAUACCACGAAGAGAAUUUUCUCUGGUUAUUUGCCGUGGUUGUUGCACUAGGAGCAAAAUAUGAGGCGAGGGCCACUACAGUGUCUGUCCAGCGUGUUGCGCUCGAGAAAUUAUCUCUCGACCUGCUAGCACAAGUCGAGGCUCGCUUUUUGAAUCUUAUUGGAUGUGCUACGCUGGAAGCGGUCCAAAUAUGUAUCCUUGUGGGAAGUUGCCUCCUGUUUAGUGGCCGACCAAAUGUUGGACUGGGCAUCUCCGCUGCAGGAGUCAAGAUUGCCCAGGUGAUUAAUCUGCAUCGUGAGAAGCGGUGGACCGACUCAUCAGCGGCUGUUCUGGAGACAAAGAGGAGAACAUGGUGGGCGUUGGAGGUCUACGAUAAAUAUGCCGCAGUUGCAUUUGGACGGCCCUGCACAAUUGACGAUGCCGACUGCAGCAUCAAUAUGAUUUCGGAUGUCUUGGGAGAAGCGCCCAAUCCACUUCUUAUUUGUCAUCAACACAAAUUCCAACUGUAUCGGAUCAUGGGUCGAUUUAUCGGACGUCGAAGGCUCCCGAAUGACCUUCGCAAUGCAAGGGCGAUCCAAGAAGAGCUUACUCAAUGGCGAGAUCAACUGCCUAGCGAGCUACAGAUGGACACAUAUCUCAAUGCAUCGGAUGAAGAGCCGACAUGUAUACAAAUGCAGGUACUCUCUCUACAGCUGACCUACGAUAACUUACAGAUUAUACUACACAGAUCUGUUACUGUAGGCGAGGGGACCAAGGUACGAGCUACGCCAGAUGGCCUUUACUCGCUCGAACAGCUCCUCGAGGCUGGCAUGCGAACAGCCUCACUUCACAGAUUCCCUCGUAUUUUGCAGGCUUCCAGAAAGACGCACGCCGACAUGCAUGUCGGCAUCACGCUGUUUACAGCCGGUGUUGUGCUGUGUGUGAUUUGCCUGGCGCAGCCGCUCUCUCCAGCAAGCGAACGAGCAAAGCAGGGUAUUAUGCAGAUUAUCAGGAUGUGCAAAGAUAAUGCAGACAAUCAUAGUGCUGCUUCCAAACAGAGUGUUGCUAUUCUGGAACGCCUUGUUGCGGUAGUCUUGCAGAGGGAGAACCAAGUUAUCACAGGCCAAGAUGCUGCAGCAAUCACAGACCCAGCAAAUACAUUAACGACUGCACCAGAAACAUACCAACUGGUGGCACAGAAUAGUGAGGCGGCUACUAGCCAAGUUGUCGAACUACGCCGCUCCCAGAGGCAACCACACACAAACGAACAAAGUGAAAGUAUAUCGGGAACAGCUACAGAGCAAACCGGCCUACCAUCUGCUGGUUUGGAUUGGAUGACAGAUCCGCUACUCAUGACGGAUUUUGAAUUCAGCGAGGCUAGUCAGUUAUUCUUGUGGACAAACGAUGCCGACUUGGACGGUUAA